GAUUCUUGACAGUUGAUUUCGAGCCAUCGCUGAGCUGAGUAUGGCUUCUCUUACUGUGCUCCUGAGCAUACUCUGCUCAUUGCUUAUUCCUGUCAGUUGUUCUCUUGACCCAAAGGAUGUAAUAUCGCCAAAUAUUCUAGUGAAUUUGCAUGGCCAAGGUGUGGUGAUCGGCAAUACCAAUACUACAGCAUGGACUGGUCAAAGUUAUAUGCAAUUCCGCGGUGUACCCUAUGCAGAGUCCCCAAGUGGAGAGCUAAGAUAUAAGCCACCGGUACCACGAAAACCAUGGUCAACGCCGCUUCAAGCCACCGACUAUGGCCGCAUUUGUCCACAACUGUUCACGUACAACCGUCUGUCGCCGGAUAAACUGCAGGGGGAUCUGGAAGAUUGUCUUACCUUAAAUAUUUUCACAAAAUCGUUAAAUGCCAAACAACCAGUUAUGGUCUACGUACAUGGCGGUAGCUUACAAGUGGGAUUCGCCAGUGACCACAAACCUGAUUAUUUGCUCGAAGAGAAUAUUGUGCUCGUAGUGAUCCAAUAUCGUCUGGGUAUACUUGGAUUUUCUGGUACAAAAACACCAGACAUGUCUGGUAAUUUCGGCUUAAUGGACAUACUAUUGGCACUACAAUGGGUACAAGAGCAUAUCUCCGCUUUUGGCGGUGACAGUUCAAAGGUUACUGUUUUUGGUGAGAGUGCAGGCGGUGAGUUGGGCGGUGCUUUGCUGAUCAGCCCUAAAACACCACCCUCGGCUUUUCAUCGGCUCAUUAUACAAUCGGGCUCAAUAGUGGAUAGACUAGCUACGAAUAUGGAGCCGCUCGCGCAGGUGGAACGUGUUUGUCGCGCUUUGAAGUGUGCGCAUUGCGAUCUUAUUGACCAAUCGCAACAGUGUCUGAAAAGUGCGCCCGUUAUGGAUCUACUUAAGGCGGCGGAAGGCGAACGAUUUGGCUUGAUUAUUGGCGACCAUUAUGGCACAAUGCCCGAGCACCCGGCCAAACUUAUUGAGAAAACCAAAAAGAAUGUGCCUCUGUUGACUGGCUUUACGAAACACGAUGGCGCGAUUGUGUUAGGCUUCCUUUACGACGAUUUCAAAGCGUCUCAUCCCGAUUUUAACAGUGUGAGAGUGGCAGAUUUCGCUACCGCUAUAAUGACUUGGAUGAACGAUACAACCGGCUUGACUAAUAAUGCCAUGCAACGCUUGUUAUUCCCUGCGUAUCUGUGGCACAAUUCCGAUCAUAGACGCGCUCUACCCGCCUACUUCGAUCUCGUCAACAUACUCUUCUUCAAAUCGGUAAUGCUGGGUUUUACAAACAAACUCUUCGAGAAAACGGAACAGUCGCCCAUCUACUUCUACACCUUCGAUUAUGCCGGUGAGAAGACCAAUUUCGGCUUUGAUUUGGGCAACUCACAGUAUCCCUUUAACGGCGGAGUACAUCACACUGACGAGCUGAUUUAUCUCUUCGCAAUGAAGCCGCCUUUGAAUGCGAAGGACACUGAGGUUGCGAAGAAGAUGGUGUCGCUCUGGGUGUCCUUUGCCAAGGAUGGUGUGCCGAAAGUGCCUGAUGGGCCACAAAUUGCGCCUAUGGAAUGUAAUCGCGGUCCUUACUUCCACAUCGACAAGGAAAUAAGAAUGGACAACGAUAUAUUGAAGGAAUUCACCGCAACCAUUGACGAUCCGAAUAACAAAAAUCUGGAUCGUCCCAGUAAAAUGUGGUAGAGACCACAGUCGAGUCUUCAAAUCUUAAACUAACUAUAUUUGUAUAGCUUCCUAUUAUUGUAAAUAAAUCUCUUUCUUUAUUGUCUGCAUUAA